CUGCUCACAUUCAUUCUUUUUUUUUUUUUUUUUUUUUUAAAUAUUCAAUUGUUUUAUAUAUGUGUAUGUGUGUUUGUGUGUGUAUUCGUGUGUGAGUGCAGUGGAAAGAAAACACAAAAGGAUGACCGUUGGAUUAUAAAAAAAAAAAGGAAUAAUCAGAAUCUCAAAGUGGGACAACAAAGUUGACACAAUCGACCGCUAGAGUGCACUCAUUUACAAAUUAAAAAAACAAAACAAAAAAACAAUUACAGACGUCAACUCUUUGCGGGGGGUGUGGGAUUGUUCAGUUUAGUGUUUUCGAUUGACAACAACAACAGUGUCGUGCACAUAUCUGUCGGUGCUCCCGAUGGUUGGUGCGCCGGCCGCCCGUGAGGCUCGCGCGCCCGCAGCCGCCACCAUCCCAACCCGCAGCAGCGCCAGCGUUGCCGCCGCUCGCGCGCCGGACCAAUGAAAGAGUCGGGCCCGCUGGCUGCUGCAGGACUGGAGGAGGCGCGGCCCGAUUCUCUGGGUUGCGGUGCAGUUGCGCCCAGCGCCGCCGCAUCUAUCACCAAUAAUCAUCAUCAUAAUAAUAAUAACACAAACAGCAAUAACAACAGCGUUGCAUCAUCGAGCCAGGUGUGCCCAGGUCUGGUGACAACUGUCAACGCCCAGGCCCCAACCGCCGCAUCGGGUCGUUCGGGCGAUCCAACCAAUUUCGAAUACGAAGAUUCUGAAUGGGAUGUGGGCAUUGGCAAUUUGAUCAUUGAUUUAGACGCCGACAUUGAAAAGAACAACACGGGCGCCACGACGACGACAACGAGUAGUUCCACAACUGUGAAAGAAAGGAAUCAACAGCAAGGUUGCGGCGCCGGAAUGCCAAGUGGAACAAGUCCGAACAGUGGAGCGUCAGCUACGACGUCCAGCAGUUCAUCAUCGGCCAGUGCUACGACAACAAACAAUCAGGCCGUCAUCGCAACGACGGCCGGCUCGGCGGCCGCACUCAAAACGAGUGCCGUCGUUCAGGCUGGUGGUGGCACUAGUAACGGCGCCACGGGAAAGAUGGCAGCAGCUGUUCAUUCGGCUACAGUUGAACCAGGCUUGAAAAUGAAGAUUAAACGGACGAAACCAGGGCCGGGCACGCGAUCCUCUGAAACGAAACACGAAAUUGUGAAAAGUUCCGAAGUGGCUAAUAGUUCCACCAGCGGUGCGUCAGUGCAACAACCUGCAACUGGGCCGACAGUGUCGUCUGCUGCCAUCUCUUCGCCGACCACCGUCACAGCUGCUGCGGGCCCGACGUCUGCCGUUACGGCCGGCGUACGUCCUCCGCUGGCCGGCCCCAACAAUAACAACAACCACACCAGCAGCAACAACAAUAAUAAUAAUAAUAACAAUAAUAACAAACGUGGACCGUCGUCGGCCAAUCACAAGAGAGACAAGUCCAGGGAGAAAGUGGCCGCCCCUGCAGCUGUGAAAAUGCCACCUGGAAGUAGUGCGUCGGUUGGCAGCAGCACGUCUUCGACCACUUCGGCCGUCACUGUGACGGCCACGGUGGCCGGGAUGAUGACGACAUCGUCGGGAGUCACAGUGACGCCGGUGACCGUUUCAGGAGGUGGAUCGCCGGCCUCUUUACGAGCAGCCAUGGCCGUUCCAUCGUCGGCCACGAGCAGUUUAACAGUCACGCCCGUCGUUGUCGUGGGAGCUGGUGGCGUGUUGCCCAGCAGUAGAACGCCGCCACUUUCUGCUGUUGUUCUGCCGCCAUUAGCCAUGACCAAUGGCACUACAGGGCCGCCCACCAAUGGAUCCAGUCCAACGUACGGCAACAGUAUAGGAUCGCCUGUAACAGUCACGCCAGUUGGGGCUUCUGCUGUUUUACUCAAUAACCUGGCCGGACCAGGACGUCCAGAUGCCCUCAUUGUCAGUGGAGCAAGCAAGACGUCGUCCACGCUAAUGACGUCCACAUGUACAGAACCGCCAAGUCCACCCGCCAAAAAAUGGCGCGCCUCAAGCCAUCUAGUGUCGGAUAAAGUUACGGAUCCAAGUCCUCCGCCACCGUCGGCGGGCAGCAGCGUGACGUCAACAAAUCGGAGCGUGACUCUACUGGCCGUGACGCCUCCCAGUGCCGGAUUGCUGGUCAAUGGUGUCCACAACCCGCUGUCUCGGAUGCUUGUGUAG